CUAUUUAGGCGCGUCCCCUGUGGCGCCGGAGCAGCACCUGGCGUGUGGCAGCUCCUAGGAUCCCGGUUUCUCGGCUGGCGCCGGCACCCGGCACCGGGUGGCACCCGCCGGUAGCCGGCGGCGCCUUUUCACGCCGUGCUCUGGUCGAGACCAAGUUGUCGGCUGCGCCUCGGACUCCCUGGCCGCGACCUGGCUGUGCCUGGGAGACUGCGAGCGACCCGGCCGGACAGGCCCCACCGGAGCUGCCAGCACCGCGGGCUCAGACCCGGCCUCUGCGGGGAGAGGCCGCGGAGAAGAAGAGUCCGCUGGCAGAGCAGGCCUGCAGAGCGGGGCUGGGCUGCCGUGAAGCGACGCUGGCGCCCGGGGAACUGCUGGGAGGCGGGGUCCCGUGCUGAGACCACGGGGCUGGAGGAAGAUGAGAACAAUGAGACCUAGAGCGGUUCCGUGAUUCGCACGCUGCUGGUAAGUGCUGGAUCUGGGGUCCCUGAGAGCCUACUGUCCUCUGGCGCCUCCUGUGUCUGGCUGCACUGGCGGGAGUUCCCAGAAGCACCUUCCCCGGGCCCUACCACCACUUCCCAAGGGGAAGGCACAGGUCAGGAAGGAAUGGUGGCUGCUGUCCUCCGAGCUGGGCCACGGAGAUCCGCACCCUUCGGCGAUGUGACGGUAGCUUUCACCCACAAAGAGCGGGGGUGCGCGGUCCCUGCUCCAGGGCCCGGGUUCCAGGAGGAGACACCAGAACAGUCCAGGAACUUGGUCCUGCUGGGACUUCCAGCUUCCCAGCCUGGCAUGAACUCCCAGUCAGAGCAAAGGGAAAGCCCGUGGGCGCUGCGGGGAGAAGGCCCGAGGAGGACCUGUCCGGACUGGAAGACGGUGUCUGAAUCACUGCCAGAGCCAAAUGUUUGUGACGAAGCAUCCCAAGACACAAGGGCAGAGCUGCCCGCUGGGGAGCCCGACCUCAGGACCUGUGACCUGGGGAGGAGCCUCAGCCCGAGACCGGUCCUUUCCCCACAGCGGAGAGUUCCCACAGAAGGGAGGCCCCAUAAACGUGCAGCACGCACGAAGAGCUUCGGGAAGAACCCAGACAUAAUCAGAUCUCACGGAGUGAAACCCUACACGUGUGACGAGUGUGGCAAAGCCUUCAGUUACUGCUCCUCCCUCUCGCAGCACCAGAAGAGCCACACGGGGGAGAAGCCGUACGAGUGCAGCGCGUGCGGGAAGGCCUUCAGCCAGAGCUCCUCGCUCAUCCAGCACCAGAGGAUCCACACGGGGGAGAAGCCCUACAAGUGCGGCGAGUGCGGAAGAGCCUUCAGCCAGAACGCGAACCUCACCAAGCACCAGCGAACUCACACCGGCGAGAAGCCCUACACGUGCGCGGAGUGCGGGAAGGCCUUCAGCGACUGCUCGGCCCUCGUGCAGCACCAGAGGAUCCACACCGGGGAGAAGCCCUACGAGUGCGGCGACUGCGGGAAGGCCUUCCGCCACAGCGCCAACCUCACCAACCACCAGCGGACCCACACGGGCGAGAAGCCCUACCAGUGCAGCGAGUGUGGCAAGGCCUUCAGUUACUGUGCCGCGUUCAUCCAGCACCAGAGGAUCCACACGGGCGAGAAGCCCUUCAAGUGCGGCGCGUGCGGGAAGGCCUUCAGCCAGAGCGCAAACCUCACCAACCACCAGAGGACUCACACCGGGGAGAAACCCUACCAGUGCAGCGAGUGCGGGAAGGCCUUCAGCCAAAGUACAAACCUUAUAAUCCACCAGAAGACUCACACUGGGGAGAAGCCCUAUAAAUGUAACGAAUGCGGGAAAUUCUUCAGUGAGAGCUCAGCCCUCAUCCGACAUCACAUCAUUCACACUGGAGAAAAACCGUACGAGUGCAGCGAGUGCGGCAAAGCCUUCAACCAGAGCUCGUCCCUCAGCCAGCACCAGAGGAUUCACACGGGCGUGAAGCCCUACGAGUGCAGGGAGUGCGGGAAGGCCUUCAGAUGUAGCUCCGCCUUCAUCCGGCACCAGCGCCUCCAUGCGGGAGAGUGACUGGGAGCAGGGCCAGCGUGGAUGGGGACCAGCCGGGGUUGGAAGCCUCGGAUUUUCCAAGUGUAUCAGAGCCACAUGCUUCUGUACCUCUAACAGAGUCACUAUUUUAUGUGGCAGGCCUCA